ACCUGAGCCGAAGGCAGACGCUUAACGACUGAGCCACCCAGGCGCCCCGAGUUUAUAUACAUAUAAAAUAUAUGUAACAGUUAUGUAUGAUUAAGAAUGAAUUCCAUGGCCUCACCCUAUAUGUCUCUUCAGCUGGCUGUUGAUUGGUAUCCUUUAUUAUAUUAUUUAAUAAACUGGUCAUCAAAACUAAAAAAAAAAAAAAAAAAUGAAUUCCAUGAUCCAACAAUCCCACUUCUGGGUGUAUGCCCCAAAGAAUUGAAAGCUGUAACUCAAAGAGGUAUUUGUACACCCAUGUUCACAGCAGCAUAGUUCAUCCCACAGUUAAAAGUUGGAAGCACCCCAAGUGUCCAUUGACAGAUGAAUGGCUAAGUAAAAUGUGCCAUAUACGUAUGAUGGAUUAUUAUUCAGCCUUAUAAAGGGAGGAGAUUCUGCAAUUUGCUACAAUACGGGUGAAUCUUGAGGACGUUAUGCUAAGUGAAAUAAGCCGGUCACAGAAAGAUAAAUGGUGCAUGAUUGCACUUAUAUGAUGGUCUUAGAGUAAUCCAAUUCACACACAGAAUGUAGAAUGGUUGUCAGAGGCUGGGGGAGGGGAGCAAUUGGGAGUUAGUGUUUAAUGGGUAUAGGGUUUCAGCUUUGCAAGAUGAAAACUGUUCUGGAGAUGGAUGGCGGCAAUGGCCGCAUAUGAAUGUACUUAAUGCUACUAAAUUGUACGCUUAAAAUGCUUCAAAUGGUAUUUUUCAUGUUAUAUGGAUUUUACCAAAAUUUCAAAAAAAAAAGAGGUGAAUUCCAAGGUUCAUUUUAAUUGAAGCUGAAGUGGCACACACGCAAAAAGGUGUCCAAGCAGGGGCAUGGUAUGGCGUGUUGAGGUGGGCCUGGCUUCCAUGCCCAGACCCCCAGCAUGACCCAGCAAUCAGUUAGCUGCGCCGAUUUCUCACGUGUAAAAUGACCACGGCAAUGUCCGCCCUGCCCCCGCUCAGGGUGUUGUGUGGCCUGGGAGAGUGAGCUCGCACAGCCUCUCUGUAAACUGUAAAAUGUCGUGCAAAACCCGUUCAGCGUCUGCACUCUACUCCCUUGACUCAGGGGUCAACCUUGUGAGCUACUCCAAGUAGGGCUAUGAUGGGUCUUUCGGGUACGUGGCUGCUCAUUUCAGGCUGUGUGGGGCCUGUGGCUUGUGGGGUCCUCUAGGGUUCCUAUGGGCAGCUUCCAGGAUGGGUUCUGCAGGACAUUUUGGGCUGCCGACUGCAGGCAUACCCAGAAAGACUUUGCAGCUUUUCUCAGCCAUAUUCUGGGAGGGAAUUAAGCCUUACUGUAUUAACUUUGCUCCCGUGCAUUUAGGAUGGCACUAAGAAAAACAAGGAAAUAGACACAGAAGAUUAUUUUCUGUGUUCUGUGGUUCCACGAGGAAUCUCAGUUGAGCCAGGCUGGGACCUGGUAGACCCAGAAGCCUCCCGCCUCAAUGCCUACACCAGGGUGCCCCAGGGAUUGAGAGGCCCAAGGGAGGCAGGGACUCACCCAAGGUCGCACAGAGCUGGUGGCAAAGCCAGCAUUCAAAACCAGUCCUUAGAUGCCAAGCCAGGACUGUACGAUGGGUGACGUGACCAUUUCCAUUCCUUCUACAUGGUGCUGGGGUUGACUUUUCUGGUCGUGACAGUGAAUUGGUGGAGUUUGGGAGGCCUGAGCAGUGCCCUCCUCUUCCUUGUGAGGAAGCUCUGGCUGGUUCUGGGCUGUGGGUGGCUAAGUGCAUUGCAGCCCCUGGCACGGGGGGAGGCGGGGCAGCAGCUAAGUGGUUUCUGAAAAAGGGCAGAAACGAUGGGAAAAGCUCUGGGGUCCUCUGGGAAUCAGAGCCACGGCAACAGCAGCUGCGGCCAUUGCUGGAAAACGUUUUCCUUGAGUGCCAGAGCGGACCCACAGCUCGUCCCUGCAGCGCUGAGUCACCACGACCUGGGGAGGGGCCAAGGCCCCUCACCGAGGCAGGGGAGGCAACUCUUCUCCCCACACCAUUCCAGCUCUCCCCUCAAGGAACGACGGCCUUGGAGCUCCGGGACCCGCCGUGUCUGGGGUGUGUCUGCGUCUAGCUGGUGAGUCCUUUUUGUUGUUUGAUGGCCAGUGUCGAUGUUAGCUUUUAGAAUGGCAUAGUGAGCUGUCGGAAGCUGGGCCUUGCCUCUGUCCAGCUGUGUGACUAUGAGCAGUUCAACCAGCCUCUUAGCACCUCAGCCAGCCCAUCUGAACUUGGGGUAAUCACAGUGACUGCCUCAAAAGUCGUGGUGAUGCUGAAGUCAAGCUAUAGCUAUCGUGCACUUAGCGUGGCUAAUCACGAACACUUGGCAAGUGAUAGUGGAGGUUGCUACUGUUGAUGUGUAUUAUUUGCACCAGAGUCAUCCUGGACCCUCAUCCUGGAGCAAAGAGGCCAUGGGUCUUGCUGAGGCCAGUGCUUUGUGGCUGGAGGUUUCACCACACUGCCCUCUCUGUACCAACGGGGCGCUGGGCUGGGAGGCAGGAGGCCUGGGUUCUUGUCCAGGCUCCAAUCACUCUCUGUUUUGCGUAGAGUUCCUCUGGCUCUUCAUGCAUAGGUUGGGUAGCCCCCCAGAUCUCCAUUCCUCUUUAGAAAAUGCUCAGAUAGGCCAAGAGGGCAAGACCGAUGUGGGCUGGGUCCUGGACCAGCUCCCAAGAGCUUUCAGGGAGGCCAGAGGCAGACAGAUACUUUGAGCAGAGAGGGAGUAGGAGAGCUGCACCCCAGGAUGUCUCAUCUGGAUUGGGGAGAAGAGGAAGGCUUCUCCCAGGGGGUGGACAGUGUCCUUCCUGGCUCUGGAGUUGAGAUAGACCCAGAGGCCAAACCAAGUCUUUGCUGAGCCAGGUCAUUUUUUCAGGACUGUCCUUUAGUCCAGAUUGGUGUUUGUGAAUCUUGCAUAAACCAGAACCACCAUCUCCAUCAGACACCCCAAGUCAUGGCUGGAAAUUCCCCCAUCAUUGCAGAACAUUCAGCUGUGACAGGUACAUUGCCACGGGACUCACGUGCUAGACACACCCAGGCCUGGCAGUGGCAGGCCAUCCUGUCCCUGUCCUACCCCACAACCCAAAGCAAAUGGCCUCUCAGUCCCUGUCCUUCCUUCCCUCUGCUCCUGAAGAAGCCUGGCUUCCAGUAGGGAAUCAGGUGCAAGGCAUGCAGUGCAGAUUUGGGGUUUCUUGACCUACUGAAUGAUGUGACUGUGUGGGCUGCUUCAUGUUUCUUGGGUUUGGUUAGAUUUGGACCAGUCAGAGGAAGAGGCAAAAAGGAACAUCGCAGAAUGGUUUUGUGGAGACUCCUGCUAAUGGGUGCUCUUGUUGGGAUGUUAAGAGCUGUGAGUCAGGCAGCAAGUUUAUUCUUGGUUUUGUGGCCAAUCUUAUCCAAGGGAAUAGCCCUGGGAGAGCCAGGCCUGGCAUGUGGCCUGGAUCUUACUCAGGCUUCAUUUUGGGCUUUGAGCUUCCUGGGAUGCUUGUUUGAGCAGGAAGGUGCUACAGGUUCUGAUAGGAAGGGUGUUGUCCCUGCCUGCCUGGCCCCAGGGCUGGGGAACUCUGGUCUGAUCAGCCCCCCGCCCUGGGGUGAGAUCUAGGGCUGAGUUUAAUGGCUGAGAAGAGCCCUGAGCCUUCAGAGAGGUGGUGGGGUGCUGGAGAUGCUCUAGGAGCCGGGCUGCCGAGUACCAGAUCCAGCUUCCUCCUCUGCCUGUGUGGCCUCAUGUAACUGCUAUCAAAUACUUACUCUGAGUCCCCUCACCUGUCAAAUACUUACUUCUUAGAGAUGGGAAAGUGAAGUGAGUGCAUGUGAAGUGUUAGAACGGUACCCACCUUUGCGCAGGACAUGCUCAAGCAUGUCAAUUAUUUUCAUUCUUACUAGCCUCCUGUUGCCUUUUGAAGAUGACAGGCGCCCCAUAGUAUGAACAGUCCUGGACAGGAAGUUACCUUUUGAAAGCAUAGACGAGUGCCGGUCUUCACGCUUCUGAAGCUUCUCAUGGCUUCCUACCAUCCACACAAUUGUAUCCACAUCUUGUUCCUUGACAUUCAAGGACAGUAGCCAUCUGGUUCUGACCCUGCUGCCUGUCUUCCAGUCCCCCUGGCUUCCUCUUCAUCAGCUAGUCUUCAAUCCCCAUCAUCUCCCCCAGUCCCAGGCCAACCCUGCUCUCCUUCCAGGCCCAGAUCCUCUGUCACUUCCUCCAUGAAGCCUUCUUCAGUACCCUGGCCCCUCCUACAAGAGCCCUGCCCCAGCCAGCACCCGGUUUCUGUCUCAGAUGGGGCCUGAGCGCUCUCUGUGCCCCCAGGACAGGCCCGGGUUCCCGGUAGGAUUCCGUAGAUGGGUGUUGAGUGAUGGAAUGAACAAAUGGGUGAGUGGUCAGAAGUGGGAUUCCCUGUGGCCGGGCACACUUCCUGCUGCAGGAUUUCCAUCUGAUGGACGACCCAGAGAAAGCCUCGGGCCCUCCUGAAAGAGGAACAACAGGCAGGAGGGAAAACGGGGCUGUCUCAUUCACAGGAUGCAGAGGGUGAGGCUGCCUCAUUUUCUUCCCCCAAGGAUCUGGGCAUCAGAUCGUAGCUGGUUUAUUGCCAAGGCCCAACCAUGUGCUCUAAGUGAUAACUGCCUGAACUUGCACUUGAAAAUGCAGGCCUUGGGGCACUUCCCAUUCCUUCAGUGGCUAUUUUUUGGAAUCCAGCCACUGCUGGGACAUGACUCUCACUUACUUCCUAUGCAAAUGGGAACAAAAAAGUCCUGUAUCUGAUCUCCUUCAUGUCCCCCACAGUGACCAGCACAGCUUUUUUUCAUAAGGAGGGGGAUCAGGCAAGCUCCCUGCUCAGGAGGAGGUCACAGGGUGUGGGGGAGAUAAGGCAGUGCCAGAUAGAAAUUGCUAGAGUGCAUAAUGGACGUUGCUAAGAAGGCCCCGAAGGAUGAUGGACAACCAACUGGGCCAUUCUGGAGGGGUUUAUGAGCCUGGCCAGUGCAGAGCUUGGGGGUGUGGAGGACUCCAAGGGGAGGUGGCAUCUGAAAGGUGGUAGGAUUUGGGCAAGAGGAGGAGAAAGAAAAAAAGCACCCCAAGUGGAGGCACUGCAGGAGCAAAGGCCCCUGAGACGCGGGACAGCCCUGGGCACCAGAGAGCGGGGAUGCCCUACUGGAUGGAGCGAAGAGUGGGAGAGGAGGUUAGGAAGCGAGUGGAAAACAGUGUCAAAACGAGUUCAUGGCCAUAUGUCCUGGAAGGCCUGGACCAUCCCUGAAUCACUUGAAGUUUAAAAGUUCAGGGAUGCUUGGGGCACCUGGGUGGCUCAGUUGGUUAAGCGACUGCCUUCGGCUCAGGUCAUGAUCCUGGAGUCCCUGGAUCGAGUCCCACAUCGGGCUCCCUGCUCAGCAAGGAGUCUGCUUCUCCCUCUGACCCUCCUUUCUCUCAUGCUCUCUGUCUCUCAUUCUGUCUCUCAAAUAAAUAAAAUCUUAAAAAAAAAAAUUUAAAAAAAAAUAAAAGUUCAGGGACGCUUGAAAUAUACUAAUUUCACAAAAAUGACGAAAAGUGCAAAAAAAUCUCCUACCAACUCGACAGUUGCAGCCCCUGGGUCGAAGAGCAGAGGCAAGAGAGCACAUGGCUAGUGACAGGGACACGCCGCUCGCCUUGUUCGUGAAGACACAGCCUGCCCUGCUCUUUGGGGCUGAGACAGCCUCAUCACCGAGUUCUCCCCCGAAUGUGCAGUCAGUGACAGCCACUCCCAUUGUUUCCCUUACUCUGGUCUUGGAGGGAGGCAGAGCAGCGGUUGCCAUCCUACCUUGCACUUGAGGCACCUGAGGUCCAGAGAGGAGAGCAAUACAUUCGAGUCCUCCAGAGCCUGAUGGCUCUAAGCUGGGGGCACAUUCACCCCUGAGCCCAAUGCCCAUGGGGCUGCUGGGCCUGCUCUCUCCCCUGGGGCCUCUGAGCUAGAAGGUACAGCACCCCUGGAAGCUUCAGUUCUGGGGGGCCAGUGCCAUCAGCUCUUGGACCUCUGGGGCGCACUGCUUCACAGGGGCUUUUGCAAGGAGGGCAGAUGGGGGCUCAAAUCAUGUAGUCCUCGAGCUGGGAACAAACCUGAUUUUGGUGGCUGCCGCAGGCUGCCUCUUAGUCCACAAAGGACCUGGCAAGGAUGAAGAAAUGGGGGAGCUCAGGUUCAGGGGAGUCUGAGGACCCACCACAAGAGGACUCCUGCCCAGACCCCCUGGAUGGAGACCCUAAUUCCAGGCCAGCUCCAGCCAAGCCCCAGUUCUUCCCCACGGCUAAGAGCCGUAGCCGGCUUUUCGGGAAGUGCGACUCCGAGGAGGCUUCUCCUAUGGAUUGCUCUUAUGAAGAAGGCCAGCCAGCCUCCUGCCCAGCCAUCACAGUCAGCCCUGUUGUCAUCAUCCAGAAGCAGGAGGACGGCCCCAUCUGCGCCAGGCAGCCAUCCCAGGAUUCUGUCACUGCUGCACCUGAGAAGAGCCUCAAGCUCUAUGAUCGCAGGAAGAUCUUUGAAGCGGUCGCUCAAAAUAACUCUGAGGAGCUGCAGAGUCUGCUGCUCUUCCUGCAGAGGAGCAAGAAGCACCUCAUGGACAGCGAGUUCAAAGACCCAGAGACAGGGAAGACCUGUCUGCUGAAAGCCAUGCUCAACCUGCACGAUGGGCAGAAUGACACCAUCCCCCUGCUCCUGGAGAUUGCCCGGCAGACAGACAGCCUGAAGGAGUUAGUCAACGCCAGCUACACGGACAGUUACUACAAGGGCCAGACGGCCCUGCACAUUGCCAUUGAGAGGCGGAACAUGGCACUAGUCACCCUCCUGGUGGAGAACGGGGCAGACGUCCAGGCUGCAGCCAACGGGGACUUCUUUAAGAAAACCAAAGGGCGGCCUGGCUUCUACUUUGGUGAGCUGCCCCUCUCCUUGGCUGCGUGCACCAACCAGCUGGGCAUUGUGAAGUUCCUGCUGCAGAACUCUCGGCAGCCGGCAGACAUCAGCGCCAGGGACUCCGUGGGCAACACGGUGCUGCACGCGCUGGUCGAGGUGGCCGACAACACAGCGGACAACACCAAGUUCGUGACGAGCAUGUACAACGAGAUUCUGAUCCUAGGGGCCAAGCUCCACCCUACACUGAAGCUGGAGGAGCUCACCAACAAGAAGGGGCUGACACCACUGGCUCUGGCCGCCAGGAGUGGGAAAAUUGGGGUCUUGGCCUAUAUUCUCCAGAGGGAGAUCCAGGAGCCUGAGUGCAGGCAUCUGUCCAGGAAGUUCACCGAAUGGGCGUACGGGCCCGUGCACUCCUCGCUCUAUGACCUGUCCUGCAUCGACACUUGUGAGAAGAACUCGGUGCUGGAGGUGAUCGCCUACAGCAGCAGUGAGACCCCCAAUCGCCACGACAUGCUUUUGGUGGAACCUCUGAACCGACUCCUGCAGGACAAAUGGGACAGAUUUGUCAAGCGCAUCUUCUACUUCAACUUCUUCGUCUACUGCUUGUAUAUGAUCAUCUUCACCACGGCAGCCUACUACAGGCCUGUGGAUGGCUUGCCUCCCUAUAAGCUGAAACACACCGUUGGGGACUAUUUCCGAGUCACUGGCGAGAUUCUUUCUGUAUCAGGGGGAGUCUACUUUUUUUUCCGAGGGAUUCAAUAUUUCCUGCAGAGGCGGCCAUCAAUGAAGACCUUGUUUGUGGACAGCUACAGUGAGAUGCUUUUUUUUGUGCAGUCACUGUUCAUGCUGGGGACCGUGGUGCUGUAUUUCUGCCACCACAAGGAGUACGUGGCCUCCAUGGUGUUCUCCCUGGCCAUGGGCUGGACCAACAUGCUCUACUAUACCCGCGGCUUCCAGCAGAUGGGCAUCUAUGCUGUUAUGAUUGAGAAGAUGAUCCUGAGAGACCUGUGUCGCUUCAUGUUUGUCUACCUUGUUUUCUUGUUCGGGUUUUCCACAGCGGUGGUGACGCUGAUUGAGGAUGGGAAGAAUAACUCUGUGCCGGCUGAGUCCACAUCGCACAGGUGGCGAGGGCCUGGCUGCCGGCCACCCGACAGCUCCUACAACAGCCUGUACUCCACGUGUCUGGAGCUGUUCAAGUUCACCAUUGGUAUGGGCGACCUGGAGUUCACAGAGAACUAUGACUUCAAGGCUGUCUUCAUCAUCUUGUUGCUGGCCUAUGUGAUUCUCACCUACAUCCUUCUGCUCAACAUGCUCAUUGCCCUUAUGGGUGAGACUGUCAACAAGAUCGCACAGGAGAGCAAGAACAUCUGGAAGCUACAGAGAGCUAUCACCAUCCUGGACACGGAGAAGAGCUUCCUUAAGUGUAUGAGGAAGGCCUUCCGCUCAGGCAAGCUGUUGCAAGUGGGGUACACACCUGAUGGCAAGGAUGACUACAGGUGGUGUUUCAGGGUGGAUGAGGUCAACUGGACCACCUGGAACACCAAUGUAGGUAUCAUCAAUGAAGACCCGGGCAACUGUGAGGGCAUCAAGCGCACCCUGAGCUUCUCCCUGCGGUCAGGCAGAGUUUCAGGAAGAAACUGGAAGAACUUUGCCCUGGUUCCCCUUUUAAGAGAUGCAAGUACAAGAGAAAGGCACUCUGCCCAGCCAGAGGAAGUUCAUCUGAGGCACUUUGCAGGGUCCCUCAAGCCAGAAGAUGCUGAGGUCUUCAAGGAUCCUGUUGCUUUAGGGGAGAAGUGAGGGACCCCUCUAGGGUACUCUUAACACUGUUGGGCCUCAGAAUAUCCCACUGUGUAGGGAACAAUAGGGCACUCUUAGCAGCCUCGCCUGGUCUGGGCCCGCCUAGGCACUUGCUUCGCCUGCUCUGGACAAGCUGCGGGAAGCAUUGCUGGAUGCACGGGAAGAGAUAGUUGUCCAGCCCUCACUGUCCCCAAGUGAGUCUCCACCAAGAAAGGAUUUUGCUCUCAUAUUUUUACUGACUUUGUUAAGUAUCAUGAAUGAUGAAUCUUUGUGUGGACAUAUGUGAUGCCCCUGUUUUAUUUAUUUAUAAUACUAGGAGUAAAAGUAAAUGAGGCCCAGGAAAACACCUCUUAGAACAAAACAAAACAUGUCCUUUGAUGUAAAAUGCUGAAGCCGUUCUCUGUAUUGUGUUUAAUACCUCCCCUGGACAGAGUGGUCUGGGGGUGAUGUCCUUUAGUCGUCAGAGAAGGUGGGGGAGGCUGGCCCUAUUUCCAGCUCUGCCAGAAUCAGGUUUCGCCAGAGCAACUUCUCUUUCUGUGUGAUACAUCACAGUCCCAAACACCUUAGCUCUAUUGCUGUUCAGAUAAAAGUACAGAACCAUGUCUCAAAAGCAUGUGGCAAGAGUUUUUAAUGAUCUUCCAUUUAUAGUGACCAUAGUCUUGCCCCCCUGCAGUGGUACAUACCUGUGCCUCCAUCCAUCCUGUCACUCAUCAAAUAAAUAAGUAAGUAAAUAAAUAAAUAAAUAAAUAUCCUGCCAAGUGUGAACUUUGUGCCAGUCACUGGGCUAGCAUAGCUAGUUGGCUCUGUGGUGUGUAUGUGUGUGUGUGAUAUUACCAAGGCUGGGACUUACUAUCGAGGUUAAGAAGGUUACACAGCCAGUAAACACCAUUGCUUGGGUCUGCCCCCAGGCAGUCUGACUCCAAAGCCUGGAACUUAACUGUGGUGCCAGGCUAUCUGGCAGAGAAUGGGCUGGGGCAUGCCAGUCCAUGCCUGGGGAGCGGAGACAUGAGGGCUUUGGGCUUCCUGCUGUGGGUCUGGGACCCCUUCGCUUUUCCCCUAGGCCUUCCUUAGAAGGUGUCAUGUAGAUGUCAGAUAUUUGCAAGUUUCUGCAAAUUAGAUCAACUUUCAAACUUACUCAGAGCUGCAUCAGGGAAAUCCAAAUCAAAACCUCAAUGAGAUACCGCCUCACACCAGCCAGAAUGGCUAAAAUGAACAAGUCAGGAAACGACAGAUGUUGGCGGGGAUGCGGAGAAAGGGGAACCCUCCUACACUGUUGGUGG